CCACUUUUCAAAAAGAGAAACUGUGUUGGGAGAGGAAUCGUAUCUCCGUAUUUCUUCUUUCAGCCCCAUCCAAGGGCUGUGGCUGGAACUUUCCAUCAGUUCUUUCCUUUCUUUUUCCUCUCUAACCCUUUGCCUUGCUCUAUCUGUCACAGUGAAGUCAGCCUCAGGCCGCCAGAGCGGGGCUGUUAAACUCUGUGAAAUUUGUCAUAAGGGUGCCAGGUAUUUCUUAGUGGCUUCCAAAGAAACGUAGAUAAAGAAAUCUUCCCUGUGGCAUCCCUUGGCAGGCUGCAUUGGGAAGUUCUGUCAGUGGAAGAAAGAGCUGGAGGGCAACAGCACAACAGGAGGGUAAAACAUGCCCCAGGGCCAAGGCUCCGCUGAGGCAGCCGCGUUUGGGGUCAGACACACUUACCUUGCCCAGGCCAUGCUCCAGGAAAAUCAAGUUGUUUUCUUUUGAAAGUUCAAACCCAUCAAGAUUAUGCUGCUCACUCUUAUCAUUCUGUUGCCAGUAGUUUUAAAAUUUAGUUUUGUAAGUCUGUCUGCACUGCAGCACUGGAGCUGUUCUGAAGGUACUCCCGCAGGAAAUGGGAAUUCUACUUGCAUGGGUCCUGCACCCUUCUUAAUUUUCUCCCACGGAAAUAGUAUCUUUAGGAUUGACACGGAAGGAACAAAUUAUGAGCAAUUGGUGGCGAAUGCUGGUGUCUCAGUGAUCAUGGAUUUUCAUUAUAGUGAGAAAAGAAUCUAUUGGGUGGAUUUAGAAAGACAACUUUUGCAAAGAGUUUUCCUGAAUGGGUCAAGGCAAGAGAGAGUAUAUAAUAUAGAGAAAAAUGUUUCUGGAAUGGCAAUAAAUUGGAUAAAUGAAGAAGUUAUUUGGUCAAAUCAACAGGAAGGAAUCAUUACAGUAACAGAUAUGAAAGGAAAUAAUUCCCAUGUUCUUUUCAGUGCUUUAAAAGAUCCUGCAAAUAUAGCAGUUGAUCCAGUAGAAAGGUUUCUAUUUUGGUCUUCAGAGGUGGCUGGCAGCCUUCACAGAGCAGAUCUCGAUGGUGUGGAAGUGAAGGCUCUGUUAGAGACAUCAGAGAAAAUAACAGCUGUGUCAUUGGAUGUGCUUGAUAAGCGGCUGUUUUGGAUUCAGUACAACAGAGAAGGAAGCAAUUCUCUUAUUUGUUCCUGUGAUUAUGAUGGAGGUUCUGUACAGAUGAGUAAACAUCACACACAGCACAAUUUGUUUGCAAUGUCCCUUUUUGGUGACCAUAUCUUCUAUUCAACAUGGAAAACAAAGACAAUUUGGAUAGCCAACAAACACACUGGAAAGGAUAUGGUUAAAAUUAACCUCAAUCCAUCAUUCGUACCACCUGGUGAACUGAAAGUAGUGCAUCCACUCACACAGCCCAAGGCAGAAGAUGAUGCUCAGAAGCCUGAGCAGAAACUUUGCAAAUCGAGGAAAGGAAACUGCAGCAGCACUGUGUGUGGGCAAGACCCCCAGUCCCACUUGUGCACAUGUACAGAGGGAUACACCUUAAGCCGAGACCGGAAGUACUGUGAAGGUAAUGACUGGAAGUACUGUGAAGAUGUUAAUGAAUGUGCCUUUUGGAAUCAUGGCUGUACUCUUGGGUGUAAAAACACCCCUGGAUCCUAUUACUGCACAUGCCCUGUAGGAUUUGUUCUGCUUCCUGAUGGGAAACGAUGUCAUCAACUUGUUUCCUGUCCAAGCAAUGUGUCCGAAUGCAGCCAUGACUGUGUUCUGACAUCAGAAGGUCCUUUAUGUUUCUGUCCCGAAGGCUCAGUGCUUGAGAGAGAUGGGAAAACGUGUAGCGGUUGUUUCUCACCUGACAAUGGUGGAUGUAGCCAGCUCUGCAUUCCUCUAAGCCCAGUAUCCUGGGAAUGUGAUUGCUUUCCUGGGUAUGACCUACAGCUGGACAAAAAAAGCUGUGCAGCUUCAGGACCACAACCAUUUUUGCUGUUUGCCAAUUCUCAAGAUAUUCGACAAAUGCAUUUUGAUGGAACAGACUAUGGAACUCUGCUCAUCCAGCAGAUGGGAAUGGUUUAUGCCCUAGAUCAUGACCCUGUGGAAAAUAAGAUAUACUUUGCCCAUACAGCCCUGAAGUGGAUAGAGAGAGCUAACAUGGAUGGUUCCCAGCGAGAAAGGCUCAUUGAGGAAACAGUAGAUGUCCCAGAAGGUCUUGCUGUGGACUGGAUUGGCCGUAGAUUCUAUUGGACAGACAGAGGGAAAUCUCUGAUCGGAAGAAGUGAUUUAAAUGGAAAACAUCCCGAAAUAAUAAUUAAGGAGAACAUCUCUCAACCACGAGGAAUUGCUGUUCAUCCAAUGGCCAAGAGAUUAUUCUGGACUGAUACAGGGAUUAAUCCACGAAUUGAAAGUUCUUCCCUCCAAGGCCUUGGCCGACUGGUUUUAGCCAGCUCUGAUCUAAUCUGGCCCAGUGGAAUAACGAUAGACUUCUUAACUGACAAGUUGUACUGGUGCGAUGCCAAGCAGUCUGUGAUUGAAAUGGCCAAUCUGGAUGGUUCAAAACGCCGAAGACUUACCCAGAACGAUGUAGGUCACCCGUUUGCUGUAGCCGUGUUUCAGGAUUAUGUGUGGUUCUCAGACUGGGCUAUGCCAUCAGUAAUAAGGGUAAACAAGAGGACUGGCAAAGAUAGAGUACGUCUCCGAGGCAGCAUGUUGAAGCCCUCAUCACUGGUUGUGAUUCAUCCACUGGCAAAACCAGGAGCAGAUCCCUGCUUAUAUCAAAAUGGAGGCUGUGAACAUAUUUGCAAAGAGAGGCUUGGAGCUGCUUGGUGUUGGUGUCGUGAAGGUUUUGUGAAAGCCCCAGAUGGGAAAAUGUGUCUGGCUCUAGAUGGCCAUCAGCUGUUGGCAGGUGGUGAAGCUGAUCUAAAGAACCAAGUAACACCACUGGACACCUUAUCUAAGACCAGAGUGUCAGAAGAUAACAUCACAGAGUCUCAACACAUGCUAGUGGCUGAAAUCUUGGUGUCAGAUCAAGAUGACUGUGCUCCUGUGGGAUGCAGCAUGCAUGCUCAGUGUGUUUCAGAGGGAGAGGAUGCCACGUGUCAGUGUUUGAAAGGGUUUGCUGGGGACGGAAAACUCUGUUCUGAUAUAGAUGAAUGUGAGAUGGGUGUCCCAGUGUGCCCCCCUGCCUCCUCCAAGUGCAUCAACACCGAAGGUGGCUAUGUCUGCCAAUGCUCAGAAGGCUACCGAGGAGAUGGCAUUCACUGUCUUGAUAUUGAUGAAUGCCAACUGGGGGUGCACGGCUGUGGAGAGAAUGCCAACUGCACAAAUACAGAGGGAGGCUACGCCUGCACGUGUGCCGGACGCCUGUCUGAACCAGGACUGAUUUGCCCUGACUCUACUUCACCCUCUCACCUCAGGGAAGAUGACCACCGCUAUUCCGUAAGAAAUAGUGACUCUGGAUGUCCCCCGUCCCACAGUGGGUACUGCCUUCAUGAUGGUGUGUGCAUGUAUAUUGAAACAGUGGACAAGUAUGCAUGCAACUGUGUUGUUGGCUACCUCGGGGAGCGAUGUCAGUACCAAGACCUGAAGUGGUGGGAACUGCGACACGCUGGCCACGGGCAGCAGCGGAAGGUCACCGUGGUGGCUGUCUGUGUGGUGGUGCUUGUCGUGCUGCUUCUCCUGAGCCUGUGGGGGGCCCACUACUACAGGACUCAGAAGCUGCUAUCGAAAAAUCCAAAGAAUCCUUAUGAGGAGUCGAACAGAGAUGUGAGCAGUCGCAGGCCUGCUGACAGUGAGGCUGGGAUGUCCUCCUGCCCUCAACCUUGGUUUGUGGUUAUAAAGGAACACCAAGACCUCAGGAUUGGGAGUCAACCGGAGGCUGGUGAGGAUGGUCAUGCAGCAGAUGUUGGGUCAGUGCAACCAACUUCAUGGAGUAAGGAGCCCCAUUUAUGUGGAAUGGGCAUCGAGCAAGGCUGCUGGAUUCCAGUAUCCAGUGAUAAGGGCUCCUGUCCCCAGGAAAUGGAGCAAAGCUUUCAUAUGCCCUCCCAUGGAACACAGCCCCUUGAUGGGGUUGUCGAGAAGCCCCAUUCUCUCCUGUCAGCUAACCCAUUAUGGCAACAAAGGGCCCUGGACCCAUCACACCACAUGGAGCUGACUGAGUGAAAACUGGAAUUAAAAGGAAAGUCAAGAAGAAUGAACUAUGUCAAUGGACAGUAUCUUUUUUUCCAAAAGUAGAGGAAAACUAUAGGUUUUGGUUCCACAAUCUCUACGACUAAUCACCUACUCAAUGCCUGGAGACAGAUCUGUAGUUGUGCUUUUGUUUAUUCUUUCAAGCAGUCUCAUUGCCAUCUUAUUUUCAAGUAAGAGUACUGGGAGAAUCACUAGGUAACUUAUUAGAAACCAAAAUUGGGACGAUAGUGCUUUGUAAAUUGUGUUGUCUUCAGUAGUCAAUACAAAUAGAUUUUAGUUUUUGUUGUUCCUGCAGCCCCAGAAGUAGUUAGAGGUUGAAGCAGACAAUCACAAUGGUCAGUUACAAAGUAAUUUCUUUGAUCUGGACAGAACGUUUAUGUCAAUUUCAUGAAAUUAUUAGAAUAUUACGAUACUGUUCAGAUACAGUGUAGGCAUUUAACUCUCAUUGGCAUGGUACAAUGCUGAUAAUUUUGCAAAAUGAAUUGUGAUGAAUCAAUGAAAAAUGUAAUUUAGAAACUGAUUUCUUCAGAAUUAGAUAGGUUUUUUUUUUCUAAAUCUUUGAAUGAAAACAUUUUAUUUUAAAAAUAUUACACGGGAGGCUUCAGGGUUUCUCAGUUAUUACUGUCCUUCUCCCCCACAGAAUUUGUAUGUAUUUUCAAAUACAAGAUUUUAAGUAAAUUGACUGAUUUAUUUUCAUUAUAGGUAACAAUGAAUUUCUUCUAAUUAUUUAAAUAAAAUUACCAGAAAACAUAAACAUUUCAUUGUAUGCCUGGUUAAGUAGUUAAUUAUAGUCUAAGGCAGUGCUAGAGUUGAACCAAAAUUAUUUGUCAAGUUUGCUGAUGUUCCUGUUUUUUUUUAGAGAGAGGAUUGUGUCUCACUCUGUUGUCCAGGCUGGAGUGUGUGAUGGCACAGUCAUAGCUCAGUGCAGCCUCUAACUCCUGGGCUCAAGCUAUCCCCCUGCCUCGGCCUCCAGAGUAACUAGGACCACAGACACAGGUCACCAUGCCUGGCUAAAUUUUUUAUUUUUAUUUUUUGUAGAGAUGAGGGUCACCAAUGUUGUCCAGGCUGGUCUUGAACUCCUGGCCUCAAGCAAAGUCAUGCUGGUAAUUUUGCAAAAUGAAUUGAUUUGCUUUCAGCCUCCCAACAUAUUAGAUUACAGGCAUGAGCCAUGGUGCCCAGCGUUGUAGCUCUUUAAAAAAUAAUUUUUCAUCUACAACUCUAACUUUAUAAAUUAAAAUUUCACAUGGUGUUCUAAUUAAAUAUUUUUCUUACAGCCAAAGUAUUGUUAUUAGAGAUAACACAACCUGAUAUAGUGACUUUGAAUUUUGGGGGCUUUGAAUCAUUCAGUUUAUGCAUUAACUAGUCCCUUUGUUUAUUUUUCAUUUCUCAACUCCUUGGACUUUGGUGAUUCCAGACAUCAGAAUAAAAAGAAAUUGAAGUA